AUAAUAAUAAAUAGGGGCGGGACACUCCGCCACAGUGCUCUAUGAAAAGCCAAACUACAUGGGCUACCAGUACACCCUGAACAGGGGGGAAUAUCCUGACUACCAGCGCUGGAUGGGGUACAACGACUGCAUUAGGUCUUGCCGUAUGUUUCCACACUAUAGAGGAAACUACAGAAUGAGAAUCUACGAGAGACCCGACUUUGGAGGCCAGAUGAUGGAAUUCAUGGACGACUGCCCUAAUGUCUACGACCGCUUCCGAUACCGUGACAUCAACUCCUGCAACGUGAUGGAAGGCUACUGGACCUUCUAUGAACAGCCUAACUACAGGGGCAGACAGUACUUCAUGAGGCCUGGAGAAUACAGGAGAUUCAGCGACUGGGGCGGCAUGAACUCCACGAUUGGCUCUUUCAGACGCAUGAGAGAAAGUUAUAUGUAACUCUAAAUUGUUCAAAUUCAAUUAUGUAUCACUGAAAGUUUAAAAUAAAACUCUAAAAAUUCACACAAA